AUGGCCUCUGAUCCUUUUGAUGAAUUACUCGAACUCGAGAACGACUAUUACAAGGAAGGCUAUGAUGCUGGAGUAGCCGACAGCAGAUAUGUUGGCAUGAUUGAAGGUAAGGUUUUUGGCAUCGAGAAGGGAUACGAGAAGGCGAUUGAACUCGGCAAACUUCAUGGACGAGCCCUUGUUUGGCAAAGCAGAUUUCUGCAACAACCGUCAGGAGCAGACUCUACGCCACCAAUAUCACAACAAGAAUCUAUGGAAGCUCCGAGGUCCGGUGCUGCUCAAAAAUUAGACGAGAGUGUGACGGCUCUUCCCCGGCUCUCGAACACUACACGCCUCCGAAGGCACGUCGAUGGCCUGCAAUACGUUACCGACGGUACAACCGUGGCACGAGAUAAUUCAGACGAAGCAGUAACGGAGUUUGACGACCGAGUGACCAAGGCUAGUGCGAAGGCCAAGGUCAUUGCCAAUAUAGUUGGCGAAUCGCUGAAUCCUGCAACCAGCACAAAAACUGGAAUUGAAGACGCUACGGGACUUCAGGCAAGGCGUUAG